AGGUUCCUGCAGACUGGACAAAUUCAUCAAAUGAUUAUCACAUUGGAAUAAAAAGUGCUUUUAGUCUUUUUCCAAAAUUGCUAAAAGAAAGAAUAAAGGUUUGAUUUGUUUCCAUUCCACUCUUUAACGUAUAGGCUAUAGUCGGCAACAUCUUCACUGUAAAAGCAUUAUUAGUUUACAUCGUCAAUAUUUCAUUGAUGUGUAAAAGCAUUAUUACAUCGUCAAUAUUUCAUUGAUGUGUAGAAACAUUACAUCGUCAAUAUUUCGUUGAUGUGCAUGUAAAACCAUUAUUACAUCGUCGAUAUUUCAUUGAUGUGUAAAACCAUUAUUACAUCGUCAAUAUUUCGUUGAUGUUUAGAAACAUUAUUACAUCGUCAAUAUUUCGUUAAUGUGUAGAAACAUUACAUCGUCAAUAUUUCGUUAAUGUGUAGAAACAUUAUUACAUCGUCAAUAUUUCGUUGAUGUUUAGAAACAUUAUUACAUCGUCAAUAUUUCGUUGAUGUGUAGAAACAUUAUUACAUCGUCAAUAUUUCGUUGAUGUGUAGAAACAUUAUUACAUCGUUAAUAUUUCGUUGAUGUGUAGAAACAUUAUUACAUCGUCAAUAUUUCGUUGAUGUGUAGAAACAUUAUUACAUCGUCGAUAUUUCGUUGAUGUGUAGAAACAUUAUUACAUCGUCAAUAUUUCGUUGAUGUGUAGAAACAAGAGAAAGAAGAGCAAUGGGAUCCAGAUCAUCGCAAGCUAACUGCCAAAGUUGUGAAGAAAGUUCCUACUGACGUUCCACAAACUCAUGAAGAGAAGGUGCUGCUUUCAUUUUGCAAAAAGUCUAAUUUUUUUGUACAAUUUUCGUAGUGCAUGAAUAAUUUAUAAUUGUAUAAUCAGUCAUGCAGCCAUCCUCGUACCCAGGGUCUUUGGCCGUGUCACCGAAUAUGAGAGAAAAAUAGCCUGGGUACAAGGUUGUCAUCCAGCUUAUUAAAAAUAUAUAGAUUUAAUUGUGCACAAUUUCCACAAAAAGCAGUGCAAAUUAUUUAGUUGCACACUUUUUUGAAAGCUACUAUCUAGCACAUGUCUGCCUGCUAUUAAAAUUUUAUAAAUAUAUUCGCCAAUUUAAAAGCAAAUAUGCGGUUGUAUAACGCAUACUAUACCUUUUUACAACUGUGCAAAACUUCAGAAGAGGUCCUUUUCACGGGAAAACGUCUGAAGGUUUCCUUUCAUAACAACAAUAAAGAGUAUAAUAGAGCGGAAGACAAAUUAAUGAAUUACCUAAAACUACCAUCAGAACAGUUGCAGAUAAAUCCAGUAUAUAUACAUAGUCGUUUCAAACAUGUUGACGUAUUGUACUAUUGACGUAUUCCAGGAACAAAAAGAAGAAUUGGAGGCUCAAGUUGAAGUUCUUGGAAUGUUAGAAAAGAAAUAUGAAAAUGUUGGACCAGUGUUUGAUUGUAUUGUGUUUGAUGACGGCACAACUUGGCGGUAAUUAAAUCCUAAUAUUUCCAAUUUAUAUUAAAGUUGAUUGGCCAUUUCAGAAUUAAAACAUCCAGACUUCCUCCACGGAGGAUAUUGGAAUAUAGCUUUACCAGUAUAUCAUAACUUAGUAAUAGUGGCUUGGGGAGCACACCUUCGUUUAUUAUAAAAAAUAAUUCUAUAUUCAGUACCCUGACGAUACGACUGCAAACAUGAAAUAAUUACAUUAGUUAUUGCACUUUUGUGACUAAGAAAGGAAUAUCAGAACAAUUGUAGCGCAAGAAUUCGAUAAUUUUGGCACGUUUCUGAUUCAAGUCAGCCAUCUUAAAUUUUGAGUAAAAACUCCUCUAAACGUAUCAAUUUUUCUAAUCCUUGACUUGAAAUCACAAUUUUUACUUAUGGUGACAAAGAACAUGCAGGAUAUGCUAUUUUAAGGGGGAGGGGCACCUUUUAAUAUCCACCCCCUGUAUACUAUUAUCCGAAGUACAUUUCUCCCCUCCUCAUCAGGGCGGCAAAAAUUUCCUCUAUGGGAUAGUGUGGAUCUUUCCUGGAACGGCCUAUUACUGUUUUUUCCAACUUUUCGCCUUUUACGAUAUUUCAGAGUAUGUGUUGACACAUCAGAAACAGGAGAUUUAGCAAAUUGUAAGCUACUUAAAACCUUCCGAGAGUCAGGAGAGUUUGACACAUUUGGUACAAAAGGUAAGAGCGAUACUGUGUGGCUGAAGUUGCUAAUACGCCCGAUAGGAGUUGCACUAAGUUUGGUUAAUCUCUGUCUGAAAAACAGAAAUAUGCAAAUUAAAAUAUACAAAAAUUGUUUUAUUAAGCACAAGCCAAGCACAAGGUCUAUUGUGACUGCAUGUUUUUUAAAUCACGAAUGUAUGAUUGAAGUGGAGUACUAACCGUACUUUGCUAUCCUGAACCGAACGCGCCAUAUAUAUCUUAUUAAACGUACACAAUAUUUAUAGUGUGUACUGUAAGAACUGUAGACUAGACAGAAUAUAUAAUUUGUCUUUUUAGAUAUGAUGAACUAUUCAGUCAAUGUUUAUGAAGAUGGAAACGUCCUUAGUAUUGUUACUGACUCAGGUAUUUCUGUCUGUUUGCUAACAAUAAAACGUACUAACUGCCUCCUCCACAAGCCCUGCUGCAUCAUGCAUGGGAAGGUCACAUACAAUUUCUCCAGGACCUGUGGAAUUUUGUAAAUAUUAGUCAUUAUUUUUUCAAUUAAAUAUGCAGUAAGAGAUGGUUUCGGCCACAUCAGGUCACUGUACAGCUUUCGACAAAAUUGUAUCUGAUUGGUCAAUUGCAUUUUUCCUUUUCAUGAUUUCAUUGUGUAUGCGGUUUCAUGAUUUACCUCAUGUACAAUUUACAUUGUGUAAUUAUACCAUACAUGAUGUAUGGUGACAUUCACUUUGGUGGUGGAGGGGUGUACCAACAAAAAAUAUACACAGCCCACUAUCAGUUGAGCCUACACAUGUGUAGAAUUCACCUAUAUGUGCCAAAAGUAUUUCAAAUCAAGUAUAUUUCUAUUUUUCUCCAGGUUCUCAUGGCACACACGUGGCAUGUAUUGCAGCCGGUUACUUCCCAGAUAAACCAGAAUGCAAUGGAAUUGCACCUGGAGCCCAGGUAUGAACCUCAAUGUAGUUUAAUACAGGAGGUCUAUAACCUACUGUGCGCUGCUAACUGUUGCACUGUUGUUGAUGAAAAUUUCUUUGCAAAGGCACGAAAUAUUGACCCUGUUGAAUUCCUGAUUUAGAUACAGUAAGUGAGCCAUUUACGACGAUGUAUUGUCAAGUCAAAUACCAUGUUUACUUUUUUAGAUUUUAUCAAUAAAAAUUGGAGAUACUAGGCUGGGAUCAAUGGAAACUGCAUCUUCCAUGAUACGAGGGGUAAGUAAACUAUAUAUAUAUAUAUAUAUAUAUAGGUUCAUUGCAACCUAGAAUCAUCUCUAAUACUGUGUGAAAUAUGUGCCAAUUGUUGCAACUGUCUUAACCGAACCUCCUGACGAAGAGUCUUCGUUCGAAACGUAUUUUAGUAUUUUCAAUGAAGUCACACAAAUUCACAGUAAUACAAGAGUAUGUACUUUGUUGGUGACAUUUAUAACUCGUUUAUAUUAUUAUUGUAAUUUUUAUAUAGUUAAUUGAAGCUGUCAAAAAUAACUGUGAUUUGAUAAACAUGAGUUAUGGAGAAGCAGCACAUUGGACAAAUUCUGGGUAAGCUCUUCCUUCAAAUAUUAUUGUUAUCGCCUUUUAGAAGUAAUGUAGGAGCAUGUAGUCGUAUUAGACAGGUUCAGAUUUGACUUCCACUACCACUACCGCUACCUUUGACGGCUCCAUUGGUAGCGGUCGCGACGGACUGUUUAGACCUGUUAGAUUAGACUUCUCCCGACGACCAUAAAUCGCUUUGUUACGGUCCCAAAACAAAAACAUGCGACGAUUUCCUCACGCUCUUGCAGUUACUGCGCAUGCGUAACACAUUUAAGGUAGCGGUAGUGGUACGUGGAAGUCAAAUCUGAACCUGUCUAUUAACGAUGGAACUGAAGACCGUUCGUUCGUAGUUUAGUAGCGACAGCCCUCAGGACGAAAGGACUUCGCUCGAAAUGUCAAAGUAGUUCUCUUUAGAAAUUCGUGUAGGAAUUUAAAAAUAAACUUAUUUUUGUCGUGUGUUUCUUAACCCAUUGAAUGUCAUGUGUUACUCUGUUUUGUAGUUGUGUGAUAAACCGUAUGAAUGAGAUUGUGGAUAAACAUGGGAUAAUAUUUGUAUCCAGUGCUGGCAACAAUGGUCCUGCAUUAUCCACAGUUGGUGCUCCGGGUGGUGUGGCUUCGUCAGUAAUAGGUAUGAACUCAAGAUAUAACUGGACUGACUAUCUAUUGUGUUGGAAUGACGCCGGAAAUCAGCCAUUGCUAAGGGACCAGCCGAUAACCUUUCUAUCGUGUUAUGAUAGAAAUUUACUGAGAUGAAUUUGGUUUCGUACAUUUGGCCCCUUAGAAAUGGCGGAUUCAUUUGGGAGAUGCACCUAUGAAUAAUGGGUUGUGCUAUCCAGUCUACUGUACCUUUUUAGAUCAGUUAAAGCUUCGUACGCCUAUACCUGUGGGUUUUAUUGUUCUUUUCUUGUGAAAUAAUAAUCAUUCAUCAUUCUGUAGGUGUUGGUGCGUAUGUUUCACCAGACAUGAUGGAAACAGAAUAUUCAUUGUUGGAAAGAAUGCCAGGAAUGCAGUACACUUGGUCGUCCAGAGGACCUGCGUAAGUAUUUUAAUUUUAGCGCAAAACAAUCUUGUUCGUGAAUUACACUGCUGGUUAAUUAUACAUAAGGCUUCCUUCGAUAUCAGAAUCUCUAAUAUUACAUCAGUUUUAUCUAAUUCAGAAGAAAAUUAGUAAUACCUUAAAUAUACUACAAAUAAUGUUAUCAUCCUAUGUGUCAUUUCUUGGUUAUUUUCCGUACAUAAAUUAUUAUUAAUAUUGUAUUGUACAGGACUGAUGGCUCACUUGGAGUUAGUAUAAGUGCCCCAGGAGGAGCAAUUGCAUCUGUACCUAACUGGACACUGAGUGGAUCCCAACUUAUGAAUGGCACAUCCAUGGCAUCUCCUAAUGCCUGUGGAGCAAUUGGUGAGUCUAAAAUCUAGUCGAAACGUAGAAUAAAAACUUUAAUGAACAUCAAAAUGUUUACCGUUUUCAGAGUGACUGUUGUUUUGUAUUUAUGUAAAGCAUAUUAUGUCGUGUCUCAGGACACUGGCAACAGUAGAGUAUAUACUAGAAGUUAUAUAUAAGAUAUACUGUGCUGUGGUAGAUGUUUGAUAUCUCCAUUGUCAAAUUCAAAAUGUACGCUUCAAAAUGUACUGGAGUUACUUGCUAGCAUCUCCAAAAAUGAUAUGGAACUAGUAACGUAGUCGGGAGUUACUAUAACUCAACGUCAACUUUCAGAGUGAAAGUAUUUUAAUGGAAGUCUGAGAAAUUACAGAAAUCUGAGGGAAUUUUGCCAAACGUAAAACAACAUUUUUGGCUCUUUUUUUGUUUUCUUCAUAAUUUGAUGAAGAGAUCCAUCCUAUAGAUCGACAUCUAUCCCAGGGUGCGAUAAUUCGCGUACCAACGUACCGGAGGUACGCCAAAUUUAUGGUCUGGUACUUCUUUUGUUUUUAGGCAAGUACCACGUAGGUACGCGGAAAUUUGCUAUUCGCGUACUUACAUUUUCCUUCUAGCAAUAACUAGCAAACCUGCCAAAGUAUUCAAAACCGUGAAGAACUUUAGCUGUACAUGUAAAUUCUACGCAUCCGACAUAUUUUGGGAUGAAAAAAGCCAAAAAGUUAUCUUUGCGCUUAAUCAAAAAAUUUAUCGUCAUCAUCCAACUGAAAAAAAAUCGCUCGGGUGAGCGAUUUUAAAAUCGUUAUUGUCAAACGCCGAUAAUUUUAUCGUUUUCGUUGUAGUGUUUACCAAUCAUCGCGUGUUUACAAGUUAUCGUAUCAUUAUCGUUGUGUGGUGUGACCUGGGCUUAAUUGUCAAUGCUAUACCAAGGCCCAAAAAUAAAAUACCUGUGGUUCCGGUUUCCCGACCGACCCUAUUUUUUUCUGCUCACCCCAUUAUUUUUUUCAACACGACUGACCGUGCGACACUAUUUUCUCUGGGUGGUUGCGGGCUGCUCGUACAGCGUGCCAAAAUGGCGUAUGUUGUCACAAUAAUUAUUGAACCAAAUUGCUUAAAUUCGUCCGUAGGAACUAUGCAUCUUUAGUUAAUAUUGAUGUCGGGACUCUACUGAAAAUCGCCCAGCAAAAAACCGCCAAAACCUUGAAAACAACAUUCAAAAAAUUUUUAUUUCCGACCUACGUACCCUAAUUUUUUCGCGAUAUGAAAUCGAAACCACAGCUUUUUUAAGGCCCAAUGAGGAAAACUACACUGUAUGUAGCUGAGGUCAGACUGUUAGCACCCUCGGUAAAUCCACUGUAAAUGAGCGAUGGCAUUCGGGUCACAACGUCGACGCUUUGAAAACUGUUAUAUUAUGCUGUAUCAUAAUUAAAGAUUCGUUUGUACAAAAUUGCCCAUACACUUUUUGCUUUUGGACCAGUAAACUAUACGUAGGUAUAAAAAUGCAUGACUCGGAAGUAGUCUUAGGUACGUCUUGACUCUUAAGUUUGUACCAGACCAGGUACGCGGAAAAAAUUGUCGGAGUACCAGUCAGGUACGGCUAAAAAUAUUGAAUUAUCGCACCCUGUCAGACUAUCCGCGUUUAAGGAUAUUGUUUUUUAAUUUUACAAAGUAGCAAACAAAAUAUCACGUGACGUGUACUCGUGUAGCUGCGUAACCCCGGCGCCUAAGGCUAGCAUCCCAUUUCACCCCCAAUUUUUCAUAAAGUGUCCGCCACUGUUUAACCCCCUCCCAAAAUACAUUUCAAUUGUGAAGACUUAAAUACUCCAGCGAACUUUCAUAAACAAGACAAGACUAUUUGGCCGGUUUGAUGGGCCCCAGACCCCCAUGGUUGCGCCUGAAUAGCAUUCGAAGAUUGGCUACCUCCGAAAAAUAAAACCUGCAGGCAUAAGGCUAACCUACUAACCCCGUUCAUGGAAACGUUUGGAUUUACUUAUACGAAUUUGGAUUGAUGGAAAUUUAAUUUUGCGGAAGAAACCGGAAUGCACAAGAACACAGAAGGUUUUUCACUAACAUUACCCCUGAAGAAUUACCGUGGUUGGUGUUCCAAUGUUGUUCUUUCUGUGUUUGCAGCAUUGUUGCUUUCUGGAUUAAAAGAAAAGGGUGUAAAGUACUCGCCACACAGGUAAUUAUAAACAUAAGCAUUAAUAAAUAUGCAAUGCAUGCACUCAUCUGCUCUAGUUCAGUAAAAUUACAAAUAUGUGCAUUACUAAUUGAUUUAAUGUGCCAUCCUCUAGCAUAAGAAGGUGUUUAGAAAAUGCGGGAUCUUUAGUUAAUGGUAAGUAGCGUCAUGACCUUUUCCUUUGCUUAAAUCAUUUAACCUGGUGAAAUAAUUUCAAGCAAAAUUCAGGAAUAUGUAAUAAACGUUUUAGUUAUUUAAACUGCGAUACUCAAUGUCAACUUAUAAUCAACUUUAAUUUAGGAAUCGAUCGCUUCACGAUUGGUCAUGGUUUAGUUCAAGUAAGAAUUGCUUGUCAAAUAUAUUUUAUUGAUUGCUAUAGUAUAAGUUAAUGCUAUAGUAUACGUUAUAUUUAUUAAGGCAAAAUCUUUCACAGGUAGCUUUUCUAUGGGUGCUUGGUAGUACUCAGUAAUGAUUUUAUAAUCAAUUUAUUCUGCACUGGAAUUACAGUAACAUGAGCAUAGAUGUGAUUGCAUGCUCGCUACUAAAUGAAUAUCGUGGUUUUUACGAUUACCUACAGUACAGUGUAUCCUGGCAUCCUGCGAUAACUGUAUCAUCAAUGCUGACUUUUUCCCAACGGCGCUGGAAACUGGCGAAGGGUGCAUGUACAUUUCCAGGGGGAUCAUUACCAUGUCCAUAUAUACCAUCAUGUUCUUGUGUAAAAUAUUUGGUACUUUAUUUUUCGAAAAUUGCUAUGUUGGAAAAAGUGGUGAAGAAUGUCAGAAUGUCUUGUUCUCAAGCAUGUCAUGAGUGACGUCAUUUAUGGGAAUUAUCCUUGAACUAUUGAAUAAAGAUCAUAUGUUUAUUGUAUUUCAUUGUUGGUUUGGAGACAGUAUCUCAAAGAUUUUAUAGAGUUUUAUUUCUUACCCAAUGAUGCAGGUGGACAAAACGUUUGACUUGGCAAAUCUUAAUAAUGAUGUUCCAGACAGAGAACUUCGAUACAAGGUAUACCAUUCUAUUACGUCUCCUCUCCAGUAGCCAAACAUUAAACCUACAUACCACAGUUAAAGCUUUUGGAUUAAACCUCUCGUUUAAGCUGUAAGUUUUAAGAUGCAAUGUAAUAUUGCAAAUUAUAAAAUGCAAAUUAUCCUCUGGUGAUGAAAACCAGCAUGUGGUUGGUAUUUGGACUACCUGAAAAAGAUUAAGAAUACUUUGACAUUUCGAGCGAAAUCCUUUCGUCCUGUGGGCUAUCUAAACUCCGGAAGAACGGUCGUCAUUUUCAGGUAGUUCCAAGUUCCAUCGUUAAUACGACUACAAUUGACAAUUGUAAGGAGUUGGGUUUCUGCCCGCGCAUCAACUCCAACCCUUGAACCACCAACUACGCAGGCCUAAUACAUUGGAUGAGUUCGCCGGUUCACAGACCCUCCUUUGUUUUACGCGGCUAAUUGUCCCCUGGCGAAUGGCGAUCCCAUAACACAUUGCGUUAUGUGCAAAUGCAAUGCAUUAUGGGAUCGUCAGGGGCAAUUGGACGCACAAAACAAAGGGGGCCAUUAGACCCUAUAUGGUAUUUAUUGUGUUUAUGUAUUUUACAUCUUGUUCUGUGUAGGUGAACUGUGGCAAUGGUACUCGCGGUAUUCAUUUACGUGAAUACCAUGAAACAUUGAAAGCAAGUAACAAAAUUAUUUCAAUCGAACCAAAAUAUAUGGAUCAUGUCGGUAAGUGGUAGUACACAAAUUUUAUGAAAGGAACAAGUCUUAAGUUGCUGGCGUUAUUAGAAUUUGCCUUUUUAAAUAGACUAAAUUGCAGAAUAACCGUAUAUUUUGACAUCUUACACCAAUGAACUGAAUAUAACUGGAACGCUACCAAUAGUUCCUUUUUCAAUUUUGUUCAUUGCCAUCCCCCUAUUCCUUGCGAACAUAGGAUAAAUUAUAGAGAACCCGUAACACACGUUUCAUAACACUAAAAAUUUCCCUCAAAAUAUGCGAACUUGUGUGUAUGAUACAACUACCAGAAAAAUGACAACGAACUUCCACGUUUCGAAGCAGCUAAUUUCCAGAAAAAGGCCUUCUGAAAAAGAGUGAACGUGAUGAGACGAACAUAUUGAUGUACACUUUACGCACUUACGAAGACUAGACGAACAUGUUGAUGUACACUUUACGCACUUACGAAGACUUCAUAAAAGACUUACAGGACCAUAAAAUAAUUUUGAUAAAAAUGUCGUAAUCUUUAAAAUGACGUAAUUCAUUUUAUGGCUAAAGACGGAAAUUAUAGAAAUUUUGAUCCGAAACCUAUAGUUGCUGUUUCCCCAGUAACUAAUAUGUUACCAUAGCAACUAAUUAGAAAUGAGAGCAUACUGUAGGUGCUACCUUCACCAAUGAAUUUAGUGCAAUGCAUCAGAACUGAUUGUAUCAUAACCCUGGUUAAAUAUGUGGCAUGGUAAUAUUGAAAAACAAUUUAGUUUAUCGGAAAGCAAACAUUGUUUUCGAAUGAAUAAGCGUUUGGAAUUUUACAUAUUCUGCAACAUUGCCACAGGGAGCCCAUCCCGGGUCUUAUUGAAGUUAUGUAUUAGAAUUACGUAUGAAAUAUAUAGCUCAGUGUUGAAGCCUGCGAUUUGCGGGCUGUGUGCGGGUAACGCUCGCGUUGAAUACUAUUUUCUUUAUUGUGUAUUCAACGCACGCGUUAGCCCGCACACAGCCCGCAAAUCGCAGGCUUCAACACUGAGCUAUAUAUUUCAUACGUAAUUCUAAUACAUAACUUCAAUAAGACCCGGGAUGGGCUCCCUGUGACAGUGCUUCCUAGUUUACCCAUAUCAUGCAUCCUUUGAUUUGGGCACAGAAUAGAGACUAUACAGAAGCCCAACUUCUUGGUUUUCCCUAUGAUUUUGCUUGACCGUAAUUCGUCAUCAAAAUACUGACACCAUGGUCCUAGGCUCCUAGCCAGUGCGCUUAUGAGAGGCAUUCCCCCUCUGGACGUCCGUCAUUUUGAAUAUUAUCAGGGGGUGAAUGCCUCUCAUAUCCGCACUGGCUAGGACCAUGGCGUCAGCAUUUUGAUGACAAAUCAUGGCGUGGCAGCGGUUACACUUUUUUGACUGAGUCGACCUUCUGUAUGUCUUUAUUCUGUGAUUUGGGCCGUAAGCUAACAAUAUCCGAUUUGACAAAAAGUGACGCACUAUAAUAAUUUACAUAAUGUUCAAUCAGACAUAUUAUUUAUUAGACAAUGAUGUGAGGAUAAGUCUUAACUUGCGAAUAACUUUGGUUAGUUCUGCCUCCUGGUUGGUCUGUCCUAAAGUCUUGCUUCUUAUGAACAAAGGUGAGUAUUUAUUGAACUUGUUUGCAGAUUCAGUUAUCAAUCUAUUUCCCUAGGGCUGUGUGUUGUAAUAAUAUAAUGUAAUAAAUAAAUAAUUGAGAGUAGUUUUCUCAUAAUUAGUUGGUGCUCAAGCAAUUGGCAUAUGUUUUUUCACAGUUAACAAUUAUUCGCCGAAGGCGAGGUGAUUAUCGGUGAAUAAAAACCGAGACGAAGUCGAGGUUUUUAUUCACGAUAAUCACCGAGCCUGAAGUGAAUAAUUGUUUUAGUAUAAUUUCAUAGGUGAUUAUAUGGAAAAAAAUAAAAAAAUACACAUUUCUUCGUCAUUUAAUUGACAAACUAAGGCUUCGGCCGCCAUUUUGAAAAUCGCUUAGGUGAUUAUCGCGUAAUAAUCACCUCAACGGCAACCAAUCAGCGUGGAGAAUUUUCAAUAAUCACCUAUGUAAUUAUACUAAUUAUUAUUAAUGUAAAUAUUUUAAGAAAUGUUUACAGUUUGUAACGGGGGAGUGCCUCCCAUGGGACUUUGAGUCCCGUUCGCACUCUUACCGCUUCGACACGGUCCAAUAAAUUGAUUUAAAUAAAUAAAUAAAUAAAAUACACAUCUAGAGGAUCGCAUUCAAUACUGGGCAGACCAUACCGAUGGUGUGUAUAUAUAUACACCACAAUUAUAUCAUGUAAUCGAACCUCGUUGCUCAGUGGAUAGAGCAUUGUGACCAUAGCAAGCCAAAGGUCGAGGGUUCGAUUUCCACCGCUGUCAAGUCAACUUUUCAGCUUGCCUUGUGUGGAUACACUCAGAAUAACAUCAUCUCAUGAAAUAAUUUCAUCUGAAUACAUACACCACAAUCGUUAGAUAGAUAUAUACUGUAGUCCUAUAGAUACUGUAUUUAGUCCACAUAGUUUGCUUCCUUUGCAUGUAUAUUUUCAGUCGGUAAAAGGUAGCACGUUUCCUAUUUUCUUUGUAGAACGAUCGUUUUCUGUAAAUAUCAACCCCACUGGACUGGCACCAGGUCAUCAUUAUGCUGAGGUUUGCCUUAUUUAUAUAUCGUAACUGUCCCUGAGGGUUCUUAAAUUUCCUUGAAAGUCCUUGAAAACGUUCUUGAAGGUCCUUGGAAGACAUUGACUAAAUCCUUAAACCUAUAUGUUUAAGCUUAAUGGCAAAACGGUGUAUAUGAAUUGAUUGAAGUGCCAUUUUCCGACGUCUUGAAAUAAACAAGACAAACCAAAACAAUGGUUAUAUUUAUAUAUUUAUUUACUUAAAGAUGCGGUACAGUCCGUUCUGCGCAUGUGUACAAACAACUGGGUUCUAUGUUCUUCGCUCAUGCUACGUUGAUAAUAAUAUAAUUGUCACAACGUCGUUUAUAAACUUCAUUAUUUGGAUACAAAAAAUGUAAACAAAGCUGACUGUACCGCAGCAUUGAUUAUUAUAAAUUUCGCCACAAGGGCAGGGAAGUCCCAUGCACACUUCAAUCACGGAGUCUGAUGAUUUUUAUUAUCUAUGCAGGUUAGUGGUUUUGAUAGCCAAGAUCUUAAACGUGGUAAAUUAUUCAAAGUUCCAGUUUCUAUCAUCAUUCCAACCAGGUAAGUACUGAUCAUUAGCAAUGUUGUCAAACAUUUUGAAUAAGAUUUUACAAUUAUCUGCGCUAGAAAAUCGUUAUCACGCAUUUAAUAAUGACCUGGUUACAUUACAAUAAGGGACUGGUUACAUUACAUGAGUACUACAAUUUUCACAUGUGUUUACAUAAGAAUAAGACUUCAUAUGAAUAAUACCCAUAUAUAGAAGAGUCAUAUGUAACUACCCCCAACUCUUGUUUAACAUUAUCUUUUUUAAACUUGAUAUCUGUAGGAUAUCUGACGAUAGUCCGGUUGCAUGGACUGCUAGAGACAUCAAGUUCAAACCUGGUGAUGUGCAUAGAACUUUCUUCACUGUCCCUCCCGGAGUUACCUGGGCAGGUAAAAGGCGAUAUAUAAUAAUAAUAAUAAUAAUAAUAUUUAUUCCAUUACACCAUUACUGGUACAUAGGAUGUGAUACAAUAUAACAGAUACAUACAAACAAUAAAACUAUAACUAAUCAUUAAUUACAAAUAGUACAGUCAGAGAAAAUCUUAGUUAACUCGUAAAUGUAUCUGGUUGCACAAUUUAUUAAACUCUUGUCAUUCAUGGAUAUAGAAACGGGUCGUUUUUACCUAGUGAACUAAAACAACUAUUAAUUUCCAAUAUCUCUUUCAGGAAAUUUUCUUUGAGAUUUUUCAAUUUUUCAAAAUUUAUAGUGUACGUUUAUGUGUAUUUUUUCGGUUAAUUUUAUUUUUUUGAUAAAUGAAAGAACUAAGAAUUAUUGGAUGAAGCUAUAAAACUGAACUAGUUUGAGUAUGCGGUAUUAUUUAGCAUCCUUGCAUCUGCACGUGAGCAUAAGCUUGAAUUUUUUACACGAUGAGCUUUACUUCCGAAUGCGAUUCUUAUCUAAUAGCAAUAGAACAGGUUUUGAACUACCUUAUAGCUAAAUACACUUGCACGAUUUAUUAAUUUCUACUUGUGGGUAUUACAUAAUCGCUUUAACAAUCUAACAUUUAUUGCAGAAUUAACGGUGACAUCACCAAGCAGUGAGAACGGUUCGAAAUUCAAGAUUCAUGCUGUUCAAAUUCUUCCAUUGAAAUCCUUCAAAUGUCACAUGUUCAGUCGUUUUAUGGAACUCAGUGCAAAUUCAAAUGUAACCCACAGCUUUGCUGUCGAGGUAUGAAUUAUAUUUAACGGAACAAAAUGUUUUCAUUUAUGUUUAACAAUGUUUUUUUUAAGGUUUUCAUUGACAAGUUGAAUUGGUUUGUGUAAAAACUGGUCUAGUACAACAAUCUAUUUUUAGGGGUUGUUUAUCCUGACAAUCGAGUAGCUAAAUGGUCGAGAGUUGCUUAUAAUGCUACUCGAGGGGCAUUUCACUCCAAAAAUCCCGUACACUUCGUCAAAAAAUCCGGAAAAAAUCCGGAAAAUCCAACAGAUUUUCUCUUCAAAAAUCCGCUAAAAUCUGGGAAAAAUCCGCUAAAUCCGCUAAAAAAUCCGCGGAUUUUUAAAAAUCCGAAAACCCCGUACGCUUCGUCAAAAAAUCCGGAAAAAAUCCGAACAAAUCCGGAAAAUCCAAACAAAUCCAGAAAAUCCAAUAGAUUUUCUCUUCAAAAAUCCGCUAAAAAAUCCGGGGAAAAUCCGCUAAAAAAUCCGCGGAUUUUUAAAAAUGAAAAUGAAAUGCCCCUCGAUGCUACUAGGUUGUAUACAGUAUAUUUUGGUGAAUUGCAAAAUUACAGAGAACAGUUGGUGCAUGAUACUUGAUGAUUCGUUAAAAUUUCUUUCAGGUGUCUCGAGCCCGGGUAAAUAAAUUAAUUUAUUAUAUAUCAAUAGUCAAAGUCGCAUUUUUCUAGUGUUUUAUUGGUCGAGAGCAUAUCACGUGAGCGUGACGAAAUUAGGCUGUCUUCCUCGCAACAGCGCGAGAGGGAAACAAUACGUUAUCGACCGGCGAAUAACAAAAAAAUCACGUGCGCCAUCACGUGAAGAUGCGACCUUUGGACAUGCCUAUUACGUAAUUAAAACUUUCGCUUUAAGUAACUGCAGUGUAGCCAGUGUUUAAUAUAACGUUUUAACAAUAAAAUAUUUCAUGUAUUUACGUUCAUUUGUUCUUUAAUUUGUUGUUUCUUUGACUAUUGAUAUAUAAUAAAACACUUAUUUAUUGAGACCUCGGGAAAGCAGUGUGUUUUGUGGACCCUCGACCGUCGAUGUUUCGACAUCGACGGUCUCGGGUCCACAAAACACACUGUUUCCCUCGGUCUCAGUAAAUAAGUGAUAAAUACUGCUUCUUAUAUCUCUUCAGCCCAACCCCAGGUUCAACUGUAUUUUGGUAAUUGUGGUAAAUUUAAAACAAACGUUACAUUUUGUCAAUGUAAAUGUUACAUGAUAUUUUGGUACAUGUUAUACAACUUCUUGUUCCUUGAUCGACUGCAAGAUCACCCAAUCAUUUUCUGAUUGGUACCACGCCCAGGCAUAAUUAGUGAGUGGUCGUUAUCAUAUGUUUCAAAAUAGUGAUAAAUGUGUUAAUAUAUAUAUAGGCUGGUGUCACGUUGGAGGUCUGUAUUGCUAACUGGUGGGCUAACAGCGAGGAAUCAUCGAUCAAUGCCUCAUUGUCUUUCCAUGGAGUGGAACCAAGUUUGAAAGUAGUUACAAUGGUGAGUUGCCAGUAGUAGUUUUGUAUUAUUAAACAAUUUUGACCAAUUUUGAACUUGUCAACCCCUGUAUUUUGCAAGACCUGUUCUAUCAAUUCGAAAACGGUUUAAAUCGGUAAUAUAUUACAGACUAUUACAGGUAACAGGUCAAGUAUUUAUUUUAAAAAUAUUUCAAUUUUUAGCAUAGUUCACAAGAAAUACAACGUUUAGAUGUACGCUGUGCUAUGGCAUCGCAAGAAAUUUCUCCCACUGUUAAUCUGAAUUCCUACUGUCAACCUUUAAGGUAGGUCUAGA